GGGAACCUCACACAACCUCCCGCCGCUGCCCCAACCGGGGGACUGGAGAGCCACUGUUUGUGGACUCAUAACUGGUGCAGCUGGGGGUUGACAAGGGAGCUCCAUACUGACCUGUGGAUGCAUACAUAUCUUGCAGACCUCCACGUGGAGCCCCACCUCGGCUCCUCCCUUUCUACCCAGGAACUGAUGACCAGACUAUGUUUCUUAUUGGGCGAAGCAACGGGCAGCACAGCUAGCUCUCCUAUGGAGGACAGGAGGGAAAAGAAGGGUGACACCUCUGCCCAAGGGGGGAGUCCCAGCUCCACUCUUACCUGCAGCACCACUUCCCCUUGUACAGAGAGCCCCACAUCCACCCUUAGCACCAGUGCUGGAGGCCAGUCCCUUCCCCAGCCUUUACCCUUAUCCUCUCCUCACCGUUGCUCCAGCAUCAGCCCCUGUGGGACGCUCUCCAGCCCUGCACACAGCCCUACCCCCUGUCCUACUUCUGGACUGAUCUCUGUGAGCAGUCCUGGGCCUCCAACUCAGAGCCCCACCUCAACCUUGGAGAGCAAGGAUAGUGGAAUUAUAGCAACCAUCACAAGCUCCUCUGAGAAUGAGGAGCGCAGCACUUCCAGCGACGUUCUGACAAAGGAGGAGGCCCCAGGGGGCAGCGGCGGUGUCAUGGGCCGCGCGGGCGACGACCGCCAUCCCGGUCAAACCAGGGACAAUCUGACAGCUCCACAACCUGACGCCUUAUCCAGGAGUGAGAUCAUGGAGUCCCGGACUCCACCAGCACCAAAAAGACCCCUCCCGCAGCACCACAUCCAGGGCCUCUCCUCGCUCGCGAUGCCCCGCCCAAAUUCAGUGGCAGGUACGGCUUGACAGAGACGUGCUGUG